CCAAUAACUACAAAAUGACUUAUACGAACGUCUCAACGGUUGUUGAGCAAUGUACUAAUGGCGAUCAUACCAACGGAUAUCAUACUAAUGGCCACCAUACAAAUGGCAUCCAUUCCAAUGGCCAUGGGCCUUCCAAGUCGGACGUGAACGUGGAUACGAUUGCCAUUUUACCAAAUGCACCGGAUGCUGUCCCGGCUCUCAUCGAUCAGAUCGCGUCCCACAAAUCCAUAUGUCUGGAGAAUUCGGUGGAGAGGUUAAGGCUACGAGAUGCUGCGAGAUCCUUGGCUAAUGCGCUGGAGACCCCGCGAGAGGCGAUUGUCAGGCAGUGCUGGACUACGGCUACUCUGCACGCUGCUAUUGAAACGGCUCUAGCUAUAGGUGUGUUGAGCGAGUUAUCUCGGGACAAGCCAAAGUCCGUUGCAGAGCUUGCAGUGAUAACACAGAGUGAUCCAGUCUUGUUGUCGCGCAUCAUGAAACAUCUGGCAUCUAUGAGCGUAAUCACUGAAGCGGGACCUGACGAGUACAUCGCGACGAACCUCUCGACCACACUAAGUGUCGAGCGAUAUGGAGAUGCUUUCCCCGCACUCUCGGCUUGGUUAUACCCAGGUAUCUACGCUAUCCCUGCCUUUCUUAAACAGACUGGAUUCCGCAAUCCAACCGAUCCCACCAAGUCCCCAUUCCAGCUGGGACAGCGAGUCGACGAACACUUCUUCGAAUGCGUGCAAAAGAACCCCACCCUUAACAAACAGUUCGGCAACCACAUGUCGGUGUACCAUCAGGGACGACCUAGCUGGAUGGACAAAGGCUUCUACCCAGUCCAGGAACGGUUAAUUAAGGGUACCGAACUGAGCGAGAAGGACGUCUUCUUGGUUGAUGUGGGUGGUAGCACCGGGCACGAUGUAUCUGAGUUCCGUCGGAAGUGGCCAGAGGUGGCUGGGCGCCUUGUGGUGCAGGAUCUGCCUCAGGUUAUAGAAACUGUGAAGGACUUGCAUGUAUCCAUUGACCCAAUGGCGCAUGAUUUCUUUACGGAGCAGCCGGUGAAAGGAGCACGCGUGUACUAUAUGCAUUCGGUUCUACAUGACUGGCCUGACGAUGUGUGCGGUCAGAUCCUGUCCAACCUUAUCCCAGCCAUGAAACCAGGGUACAGUAAGCUGUUGAUCAACGAGUAUGUUGUCCCCAGUCUCGACGCGCAUUUCGAGACGACUAGCCUUGACAUGAUCAUGAUGUCAAUUGCCUCGGGGGAACGGACGGAGAAGCACUGGACUACGUUGAUUGAAUCUGUGGGGUUGAAGGUAGUCAAGAUCUGGACGGUGGAAAAGGGAGUGGAAAGCUUGAUAGAAUGCGAAUUGGCGUGAACUUAGAAAAGUCCCGCGGGCAACUUGUCCGCAAUGCAGAAGAAGUCAAUAUUAGGACCAUGACUCCGCUUUAGCCGUACAUUUUUGUCAAACACUUUAUCUCGAGAAUGUAUGUUGAUAAGGAAUUCCACCAACCGUCCAGUGAGAAAGACAGGAAUGGACGAUAGGCGGACUGAUAACGGAGCUGACGCCAGGGUGGAUCCCCGGAGUGGAUAAGCGCACGGAAGAAGACACCGGGUGUCACGCAAAUGCAGGGCAGAAGACAUGGAGGGGGUCCUGAGCGUGGGUAGUUAGACUAGGUAUGCUUUUAGGUAACCAUGGGCAGGAUGGUAGCAAGCAAACGGCGGAUCAUGACAGGC